UCAGGCUUCCAGGCCCUGGCGCUGACAGCCCUGCUGGUGGGGCUGGGGGCGUGCGCGGGGCUGCCCCUGGGGGCGCUCCCGGAGAUGCUCCUGCCCCUGGCGUUUGCAGCCACCCUCACAGCCUUCGUCCUCAGCCUCUUCCUCUACGUGAAGGCCCUGGCGGCCCCGGUCUCGGCCCUGGCACCCGGGGGGAGCUCAGGCAACCCAAUCUACGACUUUUUCCUGGGACGGGAGCUCAAUCCUCGCAUCUGUUCCUUUGAUUUCAAAUAUUUCUGCGAACUGCGGCCCGGCCUCAUCGGCUGGGUCCUCAUCAACCUGGCCCUGCUGGUGCGGGAGGUAGAGCUGUGGGGGAGGCCCUCGCUGGCCAUGUGGCUGGUCAAUGGCUUCCAGUUACUCUACGUGGGUGAUGCCCUCUGGCAUGAGGAGGCCAUCCUGACCACCAUGGACAUCACACAUGACGGGUUUGGCUUCAUGCUGGCCUUUGGGGACCUCGCCUGGGUCCCCUUCACCUACAGCCUGCAGGCCCAGUUCCUGCUGUACCACCCGCAGCCCCUGGAGCUGCCCAUGGCCUCCGUCAUCUGCCUCAUCAAUGCUGUUGGUUACUACAUCUUCCGCGGGGCGAAUUCCCAGAAAAACACUUUCCGGAAGAAUCCUACUGACCCCAGAGUGGCUGGCCUUGAGACCAUCCCCACAGCCACAGGGCGGCAGCUGCUGGUGUCCGGGUGGUGGGGUAUGGUCCGCCACCCCAACUACCUGGGCGAUCUCAUCAUGGCGCUGGCCUGGUCCUUGCCCUGCGGGGUGUCCCACCUGCUGCCCUACUUCUACCUCCUCUACUUCGCGGCGCUGCUGGUACACCGCGAGGCCCGGGACGAGCGCCAGUGCCUGCAGAAAUACGGCCUGGCCUGGCGUGAGUACUGCCGGCGCGUGCCCUACCGCAUCGUGCCCUACAUCUACUGAGGGUCCCACUGCCCUGGCCGGGCAUGGGCUCACCCACCCACCAGCGCGCCCAGGACCAGGACCCUGGACACACCUGGCCGAGCGCCACCAGGCAGACCUAACAGCUUCAGAAGAGAUGGUCUGGGACAAGGAGAAAAUGAGCCAGCGGCC